UCCACUAAGCACUUCAGGUAAGGUGAUUUCAUGCAACAUUCCAAGAUUAUCACAGGAAAUUGCUUUCGUAUGCCAUAAAGUAAGAAGCCAGGAGCCGAGCUGGCCUGCUGAAGGAGCUUACAGCUUUACAGCUCCGCCCACAGCCGCUCUUGAGUCACUCAGUUACAGUUAACUUGGGGAUAUCACUCGCAGAUUGAAGCCCUGGCAGCCCUCACACAGCCCGGGCUCGUGGAGGCCUUGGAUGUGUGUCUCUAAGUCAAUGAUGAGGGUAUCGGAACCGAUCCUGGACAUGGAUAUGGCAAAUUACAGUGAAGUUUUGGACCCAACGUAUACAACCUUGGAGUUUGAAACCAUGCAGAUUCUGUAUAAUUCAAAUGAUAGUUCUGCCCCAGAGACGACAAGUAUGAAUACCGCAGACAAUGGGGUCAACUGUCUGUGUGCCAUAUGCGGGGACAGAGCCACAGGGAAGCACUACGGAGCGUCCAGCUGUGAUGGGUGCAAGGGCUUCUUCAGACGCAGCAUUCGCAAGAGCCACGUGUAUUCGUGCAGGUUCAGUCGGCAAUGUGUUGUUGACAAGGACAAAAGAAAUCAAUGCAGAUAUUGUCGAUUAAGAAAGUGUUUUAGAGCAGGAAUGAAGAAAGAAGCUGUGCAGAAUGAACGUGAUCGAAUCAGCACCCGAAGAAGCACUUUUGAUGGCACCAACAUCCCCUCCAUUAACACGCUGGCACAGGCAGAAAUGCGGUCUCGCCAGAUGUCAGCCUCAAGCCCUGGUGUGAGCACAGACAUAAAUGUGAAGAAAAUUGCAAACAUUGGUGAUGUCUGUGAAUCUAUGAAACAGCAGCUCUUGGUCUUGGUUGAAUGGGCAAAAUAUAUCCCUGCCUUCUGCGAGUUACCACUGGAUGAUCAGGUGGCCCUGCUGAGAGCUCAUGCAGGGGAGCAUUUACUGCUCGGAGCUACAAAGAGAUCCAUGAUAUAUAAAGAUAUUUUGCUUUUGGGAAACAACUACAUUAUUCAGCGCAACAGCUGUGAGGUCGAGAUCAGCCGCGUGGCCAACCGGGUCCUAGACGAGCUGGUCCGGCCGUUUCAGGAAAUCCAGAUCGAUGACAAUGAGUACGCUUGUUUGAAGGCCAUUGUAUUUUUUGAUCCAGAUGCAAAAGGGCUCAGUGACCCCAUGAAGAUUAAGAACAUGCGGUUCCAGGUACAGCUGAGCCUGGAGGACUAUAUCAACGACCGGCAGUACGACUCCCGCGGGCGGUUUGGGGAGCUGCUCCUGCUGCUGCCCACGCUGCAGAGCAUCACCUGGCAGAUGAUCGAGCAGAUCCAGUUCGUGAAGCUCUUCGGGAUGGUGAAGAUCGACAACCUGCUCCAGGAGAUGCUGCUGGGCGGUGCUUCCAAUGACGGCAGCCAUCUCCAUCAUCCGAUGCAUCCACAUUUGUCUCAGGACCCAUUAACUGGACAAACCAUACUUUUAGGCCCCAUGUCAACACUGGUUCAUCCAGACCAGAUCUCAACUCCUGAAACCCCACUCCCUUCCCCACCACAAGGCUCUGGACAAGAACAAUACAAAAUUGCCGCAAACCAAGCUUCAGUCAUUUCACACCAGCCUCUCUCCAAACAAAAGCCAUUGUAAGGAUAUGUUUACUUCUGAACAGCACUGCUUCAAUGUGAAAAAUUACCAGUCUUGAAAAUCUCAGGAUAUGCUUUUGGCAAACUCUUAGCCAAGGCUUCUUCAUGGUGCUGUUGUAAGAUGGUAACCUAUUUUCUUGUUUUUAUACUCAUUUUGUUUGUUUUUGCUAUUGUCUGAAACCUUCAGUUGCAACCAUUGUAUAUCUGAGUUUCCAUACAUUUAUACCAUAUGGUUUUCCCAGCUCCCGUAGCACCGGGCCUUAAGCCAUUGAAUCUUAUGUACCAUUUCUAUUUGUUGCCUUCAUAUUAAUUUAAAUCUGUAAAUAAUUGCUUUAGGGUGUGAUGUUAUGCAGAACUAAGUGUUCUUUUUUGACUGAGAAUAUUAUUAUAUCAAAUCCCAGAUGAAUAUACAUUGAACCAAGUUUUUAAUAAAUAAUAAAUUUUAAACUUGCAAAUUAGAAAACAAUAAAGCAGUUACUGUAAAAUCGGGCAUAGUUCUUUGAAGAACAAUUCCUCAUGGACAUCCUGUGGCUAAGAAGUGUCUUUGGGCCACAGUUAAAUAUACCUAUUUUCAGUUUAGAAAAAUAUAAAUAGCCAUUCCAAGGAUGACUGUGUAUUCUUUCAGAUCUGACUGUUUUUGAAGAUGUAUGUUAAGAUAAAAGGUGUUAGUUUGUGCAGAUAGGUUACAGGUUAAACUAUAAAAAAGAAAUCCCUAAAACAGUGGCUCCACCAAGAGAGGCAUUUAUUUCUCCAUCCUAAACAAUAUCCGGAAGUCGUCAUCCAUUGACUAGGACUUGGCACAUACCCUCAUCCAAUCCCCAGGGAGACUGGGAGAGGAGGAAGAAAGCCUUAUGCCAACCAAAACUACAACUCGGGGAGACUAAUAUUGGGAGACAAAUUAACCAUCCACCUUUGACACACGUGUUGCCUCAUUUAGUCCUCACAACAACCCUGAAAAAGAGGUUUUAUUAUCUUUCAGUUAUAAAGAAACCUUUAGCCUGGGGAUUAAAUAAUGUAACCAACAUUCAUAAACCUGGAGAGUAGGAGAGCUUCAUUUAAGCCAGGGUCUGGUUGACUUUCAUGAGAAUAAAUCUUUGGUGUGGGAUGAAAAAUGUGAGUUUCUUGCUGUGGUUUUUAAAUAUAUGUAAUUGACUAUUGAUGGAAUACUAUCAGUCAUGUUACCUAUAACACAUUUACAUGCAAGCAGUGAGUGCCAAAUUUUGGCAGCUUGAUAAGAAACCACUUUUGUACUUUGAAUAAAAGUCUUACCCCUAAAAUAAUAUUUUAAAUAAAUUAAAGAAAAUAAAAGAUACACCAGAUAGGUUAUCGCGAAAACAGAAGCAAAAUGACUAAUUUAUCAGGUUUUCAACAAUCCAGCAACCCAGGGAUAUACUGAAUGCCUAACUCUGGACCGAGAAGCACAGUUCAUUGGCGCCCUAAACUAUUUGAUAUCAUCUAAAGCUGGAGCUUCUUGAAAAACAAUGAAUGAUGGGUUGUCUGUAAACCCAUGACCUUUCUCUCUCUCUCCCCAGCCUCCUCUCUCUGUCUGAAGCAGGCAACAAACAUUUGAAUAAUUAUCAAUGAUACAAAGAAGUAUCCCAAGCUGAAAGAAACUGACUUACAUGAUAAUUUCAGGACCUUUGAAAGUUUCUAAGCUUAUGAUGGUGUAACCCCCAGUUACCCUACAAAUAACAAUGUUAACUAACCCAUUGGCUCUUAAAGUGAAAUUGAACUCUUAAAAUAGAAAAUGAUUCCUUAGAAGCUAUCAUUGGUUAAAUAGAAUCAAUAAAUUCUUUCAAGAGCUGGUACCUUCAUGUCACUGGGAAAUCUUAGAGAGAGAGAAAGAGAAGAAGAAAGUUUUCUUACACUGCUUAAAUAUUUACUUUGGUAUCUCUAUGUGAUAAAUAAGAAUGUUUUUGAUUUUUAUAAAUACAGAUAUUAUUUGUAGAUUUCUGCUUACUUUUUUGUGUUGUUCUCUUAGAAUAUAUUAAAAAACUUUAAAAUAUAAAACAAAGUCAUAUUAGUAAACCCUUUAACUUAUCUGCAUGUAUUUACUAAACAGUUAUGUUUUACAAAUUAUUGCCAACAAUUUUGUUUUAAUAACUGUGGUCAGGGACUUUGUAAUAUAUUUUUGUAUACUUAACUGCCAACAGUGCUUGAUGAGAGGAACUGAUAUUUUCAAAAUAUUGAUAAAGUUAUUCCUUUUAUAUAGCACAAUACUUUUUUCAUGUAAUAAGAUGGAAUAAUUUAUUGUGAAAUAAUGAUUCAUUUUAUAAAUGUAAAAUUAUUUUUAUAAAUUUUAUUGUUUGAAAUCAAAAAUUACUAGAUUUUUUAAAAUGUUAAAUUAUAGUGAGAUUAAAAUAUUUCAAAACUGUGAUACCAUGUUGUUUCACUGAAGUUUCGA